GUUCAUACAAGUGGAUGUUAAUGAAAAUCAAAUUUUAAUGGCUAGUUGCAAAUUUAACAUCAUGGAUCCUGGAGCGGAUAGUGAAGGAACUGGAAAAAUUUUCCCUGAAGGUGGAUCUAGAAAGAGAAAAGCUUCAAGUGAAGAUUUCAGUGCGGAUAUUGUGUUUGCACUGGAUUAUUCUUUAAGUGUGACAGAAGAGGAACUUAAAAUGGAGAUUGACUUCAUUCAGCAUUUAUCCAAAUCCUUGAACGAGGACUCGAGGGAUUCUACUGCUGCUGUAGUGCUAUAUGGGGAGACAGCCCAGACGGUCAUACCUUUCCAUCCAAUUGGAAGAGGAGCUUUUUUUGAUAAACUCAAAGAACUGAGAACUGGAGGCCUGAGACCUAAGCCGGCGAAGAUGGGAAGGAGAAUGGACGCAGCUCUAAUAGAAGCAGCUAAAAAGCUCGGUGCCACUGAGAAGGGAAUUAGAGACCAACACCACCUAGUAAUCCUUUUCACCGCAGGAAAGCAGUUAUACGACAAAGAACGGGAGGAAGACAACGACGGCCUUACCUCAGUGUACGAGCAGCUCUCCUCUCAGGAUAUCCAAAUCAUCGUUGUGCCAAUUGGGCUCGAAAUAGAUUUCAAAGAGCUUGGACUUAUUGUGAAGCGCCCACAGUCUUUGUUCCCGGUGUCUUCUUUUGAUGAGCUUAACCUUAACAAAGCUAAGGCGACUGCAUCCUCUAUAGAGAAGACCGUAGAUGUUUUCACCUACACAACGAGGAAGGCGAUGUCAUUUAGUGAUUACGGACCCAAUUGGGGCCUUGGAGAGAAAAUCAAUGAGAGCCUAGAUGUUUUGGAGGGCGCCUUGAAUAUCGUGUGUCGAACGAAGAAACCGAAGCGAGGAGGUAAUGAAAAGAACGUAAUUAUAGGUAACGCAAGAAGGAGAAUCUAUGAAGGUUUAAAUGACUUUCACGAGUCAGCAAUCUUACACAGUAAUUUAACGGUUACUAUUGCUGUUUUUGGUGUAGAGGGUGUGGGGAAAAGUGCUCUCUUUAACUUCCUUUUGACUCAAGGAGUCCCUCAGAGCGAUCCAAAUAACCUAUUUAGCAGGCUCAGAGACGGACCUUUGCCCUCGGGUAAAGGUGUUAGACAGACACGUUUGCCCGUCUAUAUUACAAAAGGAAAACAAAUGCGAGUGGUCGUCCACAAAGAAGGAAAAGCUGAAGAACGGUACUCUGACAAGGGACGGAGGAAUACGCUUUCCAUCGUUCAAAGCACUAAGCUGGUAAGGGAAUACAUCGAGCGCAAUUUUGCACAGUGGGAACAGGAUGAAGCAUCUUACAUAGAGUUACAAGGCCCAUUUACCAUCUUGCAAGAUUUGGGAGAAAGAAGAACAACGUCUACCGGCCACCUUGAAUUGCUGGUUAAUGUACAGCUUCUGGAUCUGCCAGGGCUCCGCGGCGACGAGAAAGGGGAUAAAAUCCUUACCUCUGAGCUAAACAAAGCCGAUAUAAUCUUGUUUUUUACCAGUGGCCAACAAGGACGAGGCGUUAAAUCGAAUGACCUCGCAGAUAUUUUUCGACAGCAUGGACAGUUCGACGCCUCAUCUAGGCCAAGACUAGUUAAUGUUGUAAAGGCUGAGGAAUUUACAGAUGUCGAGAGACUGCGCAACGAGAACGAAAAAGCUCUCCUGGAAGAUGCUUGGCCGGUUUUCUUUGGCGAUGAUGAAAGCAAUAAGUGCUACAGGGAAGCCAGGGAGAAACUUCCCCAGCUCGGUGGAGAAGAGCUACUGACGAAGCUAAAAGAUGAGAGUAAAGUUCUUGUAUUUCAUCCCAAAGACGAAGGUUUUUUGGAGCGCUUAAGGGAUGUAAUCAACAGCCACGUUGAAAACGUAGUCAUCAAGAAGUCUUUCCACCCAUCUCUUAAGAAAGUCCAUAAGCUCGCGAAGGAGCUCAAUAAAGUAAUUUCCCAAAGUAGAGCAAAGACUAAGGAGCCAGAGCAGAUAAAGAUAGGCCAUCGCCCUCCCCUAGAGGUAUCAUCUGACGACCAAGGGGAAGAAAGCGUUAUUGAUUUGUUUCUUAGCUCUGAAGAGUUCACCCAGCGGGAAAACCUCGAAAGAGUCUUCAAAGGGUUUUUGUAUAAAUUUGAAACCAUUGAAUUUAUCAAAAAGCGAUUGGAGGUUUCCCUUAAAGAUUUCAGUGAGCGCCUUAUCACUUUAUUUGAGAAUAAUUACAAUUCUAAAUCAAUAUCGAUCGCAAGUUGGCUUAAAGAGGUUGUGGACGUGUUCUGCCAAAGCAAAAUUGAAAUUUUUAGCGCGUCUAGAUUCAAACCCCUCUACUCCUCGAUUGUGAAAAAAAGGAAGCCAACAAAGGAUCAAGAGAAGAAGUGGCGGAACUCAACCGAGGAGAUGAGAGAAACCACGCUCAGAGACUAUUUAAAAGAUCUCAUCCACGAAGUCCUUGGUAGAUUGCUCAGAGAGCGAGGUAAAGAAGCGGAUAGUUCACCUUCAAAGGUAAGUGACUCACUGAUGGUUCGUGUGCAAGAUCUACUUGCUAUUACGUCCCUAGCAAGCAAACCUGAUAUUUCAAAGAUUCCCUUGAAAAAAGUGAUUGAUUUUUCGAGGGAGGCCAUUCGUAAGUAUAAUCCACAUUUUGACUUGUCCGCCCUUGACUCAUAUGAUCAUACCAAAGCUUUUCCUGAAGAAAUGAAGAUGCGUUCUCACGACGUGUUAAAGAUCGCAACGAAAUCUUCUCCCGAAGAGAUUGUUAAAGACAUGGAACAGCAACUGUCGUCAGGAAGAGGUGACCUUAUGAGGGAACUACAAAAAAAAUUAAAGCUCGAGAAACGUUCUCUAGACCCUCCCAGAACAAACCUAAAAGUGGAUGAAGGAAAGUGGCUGUCAGCUCUACUCACUGUGCUUAGUGACCAAGAUCAUUUUGAUGUUUCCCUUGACGAUAAGUUUAAAUUAGAUGAGAAAAGCGAAGCGUCACUUUUGAAUUUCGCUAGAAAGCGCCUUUUUGCCUUCCAAAAGUCACGUGUCAAGUGCGAAAUAGAGGUAACGAACUCCAUUCCUGAAAAAGAAAUUCACGUAGAGAAGCAUAAAGAACUUCAAAACGUCCUCGCAGCUUCAAUGUCCACUUCAACAAGGAAACUGAUAGACGAUAUCUGUACGAGCUUUACAAGUUGCCAGGUCCAACUGGCACCUAUAUUCAUUCCCACCAUCCGCCCCGGGCCAGAGCGUUCAAGGACAGGAAAUUAUUUUCUGGAAGAGAAUCCUUGGGAUGCGAGCGAGGAUGAAACGCCCAUAGAAGAAAACUUUGAAGGCAAGCUCAAAUUUAACAUUUUUCUAGUAGUAGAAAAGCAACAUUUGAAAAAAAUUAAGUCGACCAUACACAGAAAGACUCUACCAUCGGAUAGGGAAAUAAAUUUAACGUACGUUGUGUUGCCUGGAAAUGGACACGGAAUUGGCGUCUCAAGGGCAGUAAUCAAAAGUCUUGCUGAAUGCUUCAAGUUUGAUCUCUACUGGACAAUCGAUGAUGACAUAAAAUUCAUGUACCAGUUCAACGAGGAUGACCGCAAAUGGCACAAGUGUACGUUUGCCAGAGGACUACUGUUCGGUCAGCGAGUGUUCCACCACUGUCUGCAAACAACCUUUAAACAGCCUUCCCAAGAUGCCAUGGAUGACCUCCGAGAUCAAACUCAGGCGCUUUGGCCUGACCAGGCUAAAAGGUCACAAACGUUCAGAGAAGCCCGAAGAUUACUCAGUGAUGAUGAUAUAAAGAAAGUAAGGGAUAGCCCAGGUCUCUUACACUCUCCAUUCACUACUGAGAACAUAUCGAAAGAUUGUGAAGGAGGUAACAUUGGCAGUGAUGAACUCAGCGAAAUUGAGAAAAAGUUUGUAGAGAGCUGCAGGAGCCUUUUAUUUAGUGAAGAAGUCAACCGCAUUGCUGGGGUUUCGAUCGCCCACAAAGCUUCACAGAGGUUUGAUAUCAUAGGUGUGCACCCAAGUGCGCAUUUCAUGCCAAGCAAACAGCGUUACCAAGUCGUUCUUCAUAACACAUGUGCUUUGAAAGAAGUGAACUAUGUCACCGACGACAUGAUUUUCCAUGAAGGCGAAAAUCAAGUCAAAGACCCAGACUGCCGCAACACUCCUUACUGGGGAAUUAGGCAUAGUGACAAGUCAUUCUGUCGUGCCCUUGAAGUCAAGGGUGUCACAGGAUUUCAGGUUAUCUGCGUCAACCACGAACACGAAAAAGAGUUAUUCAACGCUUUCCAAAGGAUUGGUCAUUUGUAUGAAGACUCGAACUCACCCUAUGGAAGUGAAAAUUAAAAUUAUGCUUGAAGUACUGACUUAUCAUUACAUGACUACGGACGUCUGGGAAACAAUAACUAACUCAACUAAGUAGUUUAAUAUUAUCUCCUUGCGGGACAUUGUUCCGAAUUAUCUAAGGUUAUUCGCCGAAGAAAUUUUGCCAUCCUAAACUGAGAUAGCGGAGCUCUUCGAAGAUCUUUCUUCUGCGUUUCGUUUUGACUGAAUUUUCCCUGCUUAAUUUGUGAACCGGCAGAUUUGAAAUUGGUGUUUCUUUGUUGAUAUGCUCCAUUCCCCAAAUUCAACUUUUUGGCUAUGCUUUGUAAAAGGCCAACUGGUUAACCUUCUGCCAAAUUUGGAUGAUUUUUGGCCCUCUGGUUGGUAUAUAGUCCCUGAAAAGCUCCUGUACACUAUUCUUAUCCUCGAAUGAAGUAAAACAGUAGAAGCCAGCUUGAUUCGCGUUCGUUGAACGGAUGGUAACGUCGAACUUUAUGACUAUUGUCGCUCAUAGUGUUAUAAUUGCAUGCAUCCCUACCAGAUUCAAACACAGAUUGCAAAAACAAUUGUAAAAUAAUUUCGGGGUCGAUCUCGCAAAGGGCUUGACUAAUGCUCGAUAAACACUGAAUGCUUCAAAAACAUUCUUAAUACUGGCACUUUCAUGCGAGGGCUGCCUCUGAGCCACCUAUGAAAGGAUAUUCUAACCGUGGGAUACCUUGAGGGGCACCAGAUUUUACACAGCAAAUGAUACUCACGGGUUGAAAGGAAGUUGAGUGGAGUUUGGUCACCUUGAAAUAGAGAGGUCGUCAACAAUGUUAAUUGUUGAAAAAAAAUUCUCGAAAAAGAUUACAAAAACAACAGCAGUAACCUCGUGUGAAAAUGAAAAUAGACGUAAGAAGUUAAUUUUGCUAUGUGGUGCGAACGCUGAACGUAAUUUUAUAUUCUGCAUUUUACUUAAAACAAGAGAAUAUAAUUUCUUGCUGAAUUAAGUAUAUUUUAGUCAAUUCGUUGUUUAACUUUCAAGUUUUAAUUGGGACGCAAGAAAAGAACCUCUGGUUCGGUUGUCUGUCCAUGAAUGUUAGCUCUUAGUUGAAAAGGUCACGUGUCGUCUUACUUUAGCAGAGAGAUUCCUACCUAAGUUAGCUUCAGUUCAAGUAAUAAUUUUAGUUUUCAUUGAGUUAGAAAUUCAUUCCUUUACUGAGAUAUUCUCUCACUCUUAGAGUGGGUGUGAUGUAGUGUACAUGUAAAGUAUUUUACAACUUUGGUAAUUCUCCUAUGUCUACAUAGUAUAAAGGUCUAGACAUACAGUAUCGUUAAGGAAAGCUUUAAAAGUUUUUAACAAAAAAAAGAACAAAAAACGAUUAACAAUGGUAAUACAACUGAGUGGAGUCCAAUUCGGUCUGUAAUCGUAGGAGUGAUUAGGAGCGAAGCUGGAGUAUGAUUUGAUAAUCACGAGUAUGAUUUUAAACGGAAUUGGACGACACUAAGUCCUGUUACUAAUUAAUCACAACCAUUACAAAUUUGGGAAAAAAUACAUCAAGAACAAAUGUUCUGUGUGGCAACAAUGUCUAGAGUUGAAAAUUCCUCCACUUUGGAAAUUCCCAAGUUUUUCUUACGCUGCCUCAGCGGUUACACUUCCCGAUUACAGCUGUACAAAAUAAUUAGUACAAAAUAAAGCAGUUUGUGCACCAAUCGCAUUUGAGGAAAUUGUAAUGGUUAUGAUUAUUAGGAUAAUGCUAAUAAUAGUACGACUUAUAUUUUCUGAGUGUGAUGAAAUCGCCCUUAUCUGAGAUAUAUGUUGCUUCACACGUCUUGUCGCAAACUUGCCACAAAUUUACCAUGGUGUCGCAUCAGAAUACACGUAUAUGUUGUUCAGUUAUUCUGCAUAAAACGAGUUUUAAUUGAAAAAAAAAACAAAAAACAAAAAACAACCAAAAAAAAAACAUUUGCCAGUCCAUGCACAAAAGCCAAUAUCGUUUGCCUUCGAAAAAUUUUCUCAAAAAAUCGCUAGUGUAGACCACUACCUAUCGCCAAACCUAACAGGUUGGUGCUUUUCUGUUCAUUUUCAUAUUACCAAAGGGAGCCUAAGUAGUACUAUACGAAAGUCGAAAGUAUUUUGAUUCUAAUUUCUGUUCUGAUCAUUGAGACGUAUAUCUUAUAUUUUUUUACUUUUCCUGUUUUAACAUAGUUAUCUUGCUCUUUCAAAUGACAUCGAAAGCAUAUGUUAAAUGAUUGAUGAAUUUUUGCUUACUUCUGAUAACUGAGACCUUAAAAGUAUUAAUUUUUAUUGUAAUUGUAACAUUUAGGAUUAAAUAAGUGAUUUUCGUAAACACAACUUUGAUGUUUUGCUAACAGUUUGAUGAAAUUUCUAUACGUAGACAAUAGCUCUCUGAUUUUGUUCUAACGUCGGUUGUAAAACGUUUCGUUUACGGAAAUAAA